AUGGACUCCAAGCCUCUCCUGCAUAUUCCCAUCGAUCCUUCAAACCGAAGGACACUCCUCCGACAUGCCCCAGAGCCGGCUGAAACUGAAAAGCCCCCCAGGCUACCCGUGAAGGAGACACGAGCCCACCCCAGCGGGACCAGGGGCAGCGAGGACGGCAGCAUCUACUUCAUCGGCACGGCCACGACGGUGAUAGAAUGGGCAGGCGUGCGCAUCCUGACGGACCCAAACUUCCUGCACGCGGGUGACCACGUGCACCUGGGCCCGGGCGUGACGGCGCAGCGGCGGACCAACCCGGCGGUGGACCUGGAGCAGCUGCCCGGGCUGGACUGCAUCCUGCUGUCGCACUUCCACGAGGACCACUUCGACAAGAAGGUCGAGCGGGCGCUGGGCCGGGACGUGCCGAUCCUCACGACGCCGCACGCCCAGAAGUGCCUCACGGACGCCGGGAUCGAGGGCGGGCCCUUCCAGGCCGUGACGGCUCUCGACCACUUCGAGAGCGCGAUGCUGGAGGUCACCGGGCCGGACGCGCAGAGGAGGCCCGUGUUCAAGGUCACGGGCACGCCGGGGAAGCACGUCGCUCCUGGGCCGCUGGCCGUCGCGAAUGACCUCUUGGGCGCCGUGCCGCCGACCAACGGCUGGCUGCUGGAGCUGGGCCACUCCAAGGACGGGGAGCCUCAGCCGAGGGAUGUGAAUACGGACUUCCGUGUAUACAUAUCGGGAGACACGCUGUAUAUCGACGACCUCGUCAAGGAUACUCUCCAGUGGCUCCAGGGCCAGCAGAUCGACCUGAUGCUGGUGCACCUCGGCGGCACCACAAUCCCCGGCUCCAAGGCACCACUGGUCAUGGUGACGAUGGAUGCGAUGCAGGGCGUCAAGAUGAUGAAGGCAAUGGACCCGACAGUGACGGUUCCGAUCCAUUACGAUGACUACGAUGUGUUCUUGUCGCCGUUGGAGGAUUUCAAAAAGGAGGUCCAAGAGGCUGGGCUGCAGGACAAGGUGGUGUAUUUGGAUCGCGGUGAUCAGUACCGGUUUUCAAUGAGGAAUUACAAUUGA